GCGCUUCCGGUGACAACAAACUCUUAUCUGUAAAUUAGCCUCACCGUUUGUCAUGAUAAACCGCAAUUAUUCUUUUAACAAACGUAGAUUGUCAAGAACGAGGAUGUACAAAAUAAGUUACGCUUGAGUGCUGCGCGACAUCAUUCGUAAAACAAAUUCAUCUUAUGUUUUCAAAUAACACACCUUUUAUUUCAUUUAUACAUGGACCUUAAACGUGCUUUUUUGGAACAGGGAGUUGUGGACAUUUGCCGCUUCUGAAGGAAAAACAAGAAGAAAGUAAGAACAUGAUUAUCCUUCAUUGGAUCCUCAGGGGUCUCUGUCUAGCAGUAUUAUAUACCGAGAACGAUGGAUAUCGACAACUUAUCAUUCCUGGUACUACUGUCGCCAGCCAAAGUUCAACAUUUGGCAGUUACAAUGCGUCACUGACAAUAGACGGAAAGCCCACCCUUCUUUCGAUGUCUAGCGGGUCAUGUUCUCACACAGGUGGAGGAAGAAGGAGCGCCUGGCUUCAGAUUAAUUUACGGAGGGUGUAUAACAUUAAAACCAUCAAGUUCUGGUAUCGUAAUGAUCGAGGCAGUGGAUUGAUAAGCACCAUAAGGCUACAUAAAUAUUUGCUUCGUUAUUCUAAUGGACAAGAAUGGAAGACAUGUUACACAGAUUCUACUCCUUAUAAUAAACCAAUACCUAUGCCUUCCUCAAUCGAAUGCCAUCAACAGACUCAGUAUAUAUCGUUUAACACAAAUUCUCCUAGUCCUUGGGACCAAUCUCAAGUCUUUUUGGAAAUCUGCGAGGUGGAAGUUUAUGGCUGUGGCAUUAACCAAUAUGGUGAGAACUGCACGGAAUGUGUAGAAAAUUGCGCGAGAUGUCACGUAGUAAAUGGAUGUGUCGAGUGUCAAUCAAGAUUCACUGGGCGGGACUGUAAGGAAUGUGUACCAGGCUAUACCGGGGACAAAUGUGAUACCCCUUGCACAAGCGGAUGGUAUGGUUCCGACUGUUUGUUCAAAUGUAGCGGUAACUGUGUGAAUAACGAGGACUGUGACCACGUGGACGGGGCCUGUGUCAACGGUUGUCAACCAGGAUACAUAGGAAGCUCCUGUUCACAAAUAUGCGAGUAUGGUUGGUACGGCCUCAGUUGUCAAAACCAGUGUAGUGGGCACUGCUUCGAGAACCAGACUUGUGACAAUGCAAAUGGACGAUGCCGAGAUGGUUGCGCAAAAGGUUGGGAAGGUUCCCUAUGUUUUAAAGCUUGCAGCGACGGCGCAUACGGAGAUAAUUGCAAGUACAAUUGCAGUGGACACUGUUAUCAGAAUGUAUCGUGUGAUAGGUUUGAUGGGAUGUGUCCGACUGGAUGUGACGUGGGAUGGUCUCGGUCAAGAUGCAAUGAAACUUGUGCGCUUGGGACUUAUGGCCACGAGUGCAACAAAACUUGCAACACGUGUAUCGGCAUGACAUGUAAUCACGUCACUGGGUCAUGUGACCACGGCUGUCUUGAUGGUUGGACUGGAGCCACGUGUGACCUAGUUUGUCCUCUCGGCUACUUUGGAUCGAACUGUUCACAAGAAUGUGGAAACUGUGAAAACGAUACUUGUCAUCACGUGACUGGAUCUUGUCAAGGAAUUUGUAAGGAAGGAUGGAAGGGUGAUGGCUGUGUGGAGGCAUUGAUUUCAAUAUCGCAAAACCCCGUGGAGAGUUCUAUGAGUAUGCCUGUGAUAGUUGGGUCUGGAGUAGGGGCAUUGGUGGUUGUUGUGCUAAUCGUUUUGCUCUUAUUGAUCAGGAUUCGACAGAAAAAAGUACAGACCACUUACGACAGCCAAGACGUCCAUGACCUGAAAGAGCAAAAACACGUGUACUCUAGCAUUGAUACACUGAAUCGAACAGAAGAUUCACCAGAAACCGUGGACAACAUGGAGUCUACAUAUUACAAUGUUGGUGACACCGCCUUCAGUAAAGUGGAGUCCCCCAGUGAUAUCAAAAUAGGCGAGCUGGCGAGUGUAAUAGCAUCAAAAAGGAAAAAUAAUUGUCAAGAAUUUCACAAAGAAUAUAAGUCUAUUUCAUAUGGUGAAGAGCCUGGCAUCCCGUGUACAAUCGGAAAACUGCCAGGAAACAUACCAAAGAAUAGAUUUAAAACGACAUUUCCUUAUGACCAUUCCCGGGUAAUUCUGAAGGGUGUACAGAAUGAUUACAUCAACGCCAACUACAUUCAGGAUAUGAAAGGAGAACAAAUUUACAUCGCCUCACAAGGACCUAAACCCAACACGGUGCCUGACCACUGGGUAAUGAUCUGGCAAGACAACGUCUCCGUCAUUGUUAUGCUAACUAACCUAAUUGAAGGCAUAAAGAAAAAAUGUGAAAAGUAUUGGCCUGACCUUGAACUGGAGAUGACUUCCGGGAAGAUCACAAUCCAACUUCUUCAAGAGAAGCAAUAUGCAUUCUAUGUUGUACGAAUGUUGAAAAUUACUAAUACACAGACAAGAACAACCCGUACAGUGACCCAGUUUCAUUACACUCAGUGGCCUGACCACGGUGUUCCUGAUCCAUUCAGCCUGGUUAUAUUCCAAAGACAUGUGAGACGGAUUCAAGACAAAUACAAAAACAGUCCGCUUCUUGUACACUGCAGUGCCGGGAUCGGCAGGACGGGAACAUUCCUUGCAUUAGACGCUCUACAUCAGCACGGAGUGGAGACAGGAACAGUCAAUGUAAAGAGAUACGUCGAAAUCAUGAGAAAGAACAGAAUGAGCAUGGUGCAAAAUGCGGAGCAGUAUAUUGAACUCUACAAUGCUCUGCUGGAGUCCUUCUGUAGUAGAAGUUCGGUAGUAUCCAGGGACACUUUUAUGAAUGAUGUUCAAACAUUACAAAACUCUCAGGCUUCUUUACCAAACUGGAUAGAGAUACAGUUCAAGGAACUUCAAACAACUAGAAAGAUACCCAGUGUUGAUGAUAUGAAAGAAGGGAAGAUUCAUAAAGAACUCAAUAAGACAAGAAACAUUUUACCAGUUGAUAAAUAUCGAGCGGUCCUUACUUCAAGGGUAGAGGGAAGGAGCAAUUACUACAAUGCUGUAUUCUUAUCGACGUUCAUGGAUCGGGAUAUGCUGAUUGCUGCACAGUACCCUCUUCCUGGAAACUCCAUCGACUUAUUUCGUCUUCUUCUUGAUCAUGAAUCUGAUAUCGUGGUGUUUGUAAACCGGUUGGUUGAUAUACCCUCGUCCAGUGAGUGGAUCAACAAGAAGAAGACAGCAAUACCUCCGUAUGAAAUAAGUGUAGACGAGACAACAAAAUCUCACAACAUUAGCCAACACGAGAUAAGGAUUUAUCACGUAGAGCAAGAGUUUUGGCACAAAGUCCAUAUUUACGAAAUGAUGUCUUGGGAAAUGAAUGCUUCAUUACCUUCUGACGUCAACAGUAUUUCUGAGGUCAUCAGGAAUAUUAGAGUGGAAGUAGCUAGCCGCAACAGCAGAAGACCUAUCACGAUUUUAUCGAAGGACGGAGUAACUGGCUGUGGUGUGUUUUGUGCUGUUUAUAAUGCCUUACAACAACUACACGGAGAUGAUGAAGUAGACAUGCCAACCAUCGUUAGACAGCUGCAGAUACGGCGACCAGAAAUGAUAUCUACUGUGGAGGAAUAUCGGAUAUGCUACGAGGCCACCUUUAAUGCGUUAUCCGGGAUGUCCACAGAGGUUUAUAGCAACACAGAAUCUGUUUACGCAAAUACAUAGGUGGUAGUAUCAGAAAUUGUUCUUUGGUAUGUUACAAGAAGGUGGAUCGAUUGUAGAUGCGUGUGACGUUUUCGUACGAUGGUAUACUGCAUUUGACCUCCGCUGAAUUUCAGGAAUAUUCAUCUUAAAUCAAGGAUUUUGCAGGAGGCUUGUGAUUGACCAUGGAUGUGUAACAGUUACCCAUUGGACAAGCCUCCACGUUGGCCUGAGGUAGCCCCAUACUCAUGUGAUGUCAUGGAAUUUUGCCAAAUAUUUAUUUUAUCAAAAUUUGUAUGUUAGAGGAAUUUUAUUUACUGGGUAUGAUAAAAAAUGUGGUGAACUAUUUGAUAUUGAAAGGGUUUAUUUUCUACAAAAAAAUCAAUUAUGUAAGCUACAAAAAUGUUAUCAAGGGUGAUAACUCCUAUGCUGGUAUUUCUCUUUUGUAUCAAAUAAUUAUUUUUUUUAUUGAACGAUGUUGUCUCAUAACUGCAACGAUGUGUACAUACAAAUUAAAUAACGUGCGUUAGCACUUAUAUGGCAAUAUCAUCAUAACUUUCUAAUGCUUUAACAAAAUUAGAAACUUAAUGCAAAUAUAAUACAAUGAUUUCUUUGAUAUCUACAAUUAGUUUAUAUACUUUUAUAAAGUAACAGUUUUUUUGAAACUGUUGAAAUUAAGAUUUUGUCAUUUAUUAUGCUGUUUCAUAAAAAUAUUGAUAUAAA